AUGGCUGACUUGUGUUAUUAUCAAAACAAGGAGCGCAACCGAGUAUUGUCGCAUCUCCCGCCUCGGGCGGCUACUCAAAUCUCAAGUUCACCCGACGCGGCUCUUCCUCCUACACACCUAGAAUCUCACAGCAAUCACCCGAUAGCUGCUACAGAUCUCAGCACAGUCGCUGACAAGAACGAUUCAAUCGCUUACAAAUUCCUCCUUUCAUGGAUCAAACAGGGGCACUCGACACUUCGGGCGGAGUCACUGGGCGCUCACAAUGGACAUGGCAAGGCGAACCAUGCGAUGGUCGGGGCGUCACUGCUAACGGGCCUACAGUUUCCCGAUCUCAAGGCACAUUUAGAGGAAUAUCAUCGCGUCAAAAAACAGCCGACCGAGUCCACGUUCUCGGAGUACCUGGUCAUGAAACGCGUCAAGAAGAAAAUGCGAAUGACCGCAAAGUACGGCACUACGAUUCAGCCCACCUUAUACCCGCCUCUGUUGGAGACAUUGAUCCCGGAUGAUCGCACAGUGGCCGAUCAGCUCGUUGAGUUAUACUUUUCGACAUUCGAGACGACCUUCCGAAUCUUACAUGUCCCUCAUUUUCUCGAGGAGUACAAUGAUCAUUGGCACCCUGACAACCAUGGACCAACGAGCACGGGCUGCGGUGACAUCUUUGCGGCGAAGCUGCUCAGCUUGAUGGCGUGUGCUACUUGCCUAGUAGAUACAGCGGUCUCGGGCGAAGACUCCCAGUCCUUAAAUGAGAAGGCCAAAAGCUGGAUUCAAGCUGUAGUGUCAUGGGUCAAGACUCUCACGAGCCGCGCAAGACUCACUCUAGACGUCAUUCAGGUGAAAUGUUUAUUGUUGUUGGCGAGACAGGCCGUUGGGCACGAGGGAGACCUUUCUUGGCUGGCCGCCGGUUCGUUAGUGCGCGAGGCCAUCACAAUCGGUCUUCAUCGAGAUCCUUCACAUUUCAAAGGGCUGUCGCCCUAUUGGGGGGAAAUUCGCAGGCGGCUCUGGCUAACUAUCAUUGAACUAGACCUCCAAGCCGCCCUGGGAACGGGAGCACCGGUGACGCUAUCCGAGGAUGAGUACGACUGCGCCCCGCCAUCUAACAUCGAUGACGAAGACCUGUUGAUGGACUCUCCCGUUGUCCCUACCCCCAAGCCAAGCACAGUUCUAACUAGGACGGCCUUCCAGGUCAGUUUGGCCCAAACAAUGGGAGUCCGGAUUAACGUCGCCAAGGCGGUCAAUCGCGUGCGCUUGACAUUGAGCUAUCAACAAAUUUUGGACCUCAGCGAGAUGCUUACUACACAACUAGCGAAAGGCCACCCGGCACUGAUCGGAGAUGACAGCUGUGAGGCUGAUAGCCGUCGCUGCCGGUUGGCCUUUCGCCAAUCCCUCUUUCUCUUUCUGAUUUACCGAUGCCUCCUGACUCUGCAUCGACCCUUCUUUCUGAGUCUUGCCGAAACACGCAAUGAGAUGUACGUCUUUUCCCGUCAGAUGUGUGUUCAAGCUAGCCUGGCUUUGUUGGCUCCCCUGGAGAUUUCCGCAGAUGAUUUGAACCGUGGCUCCGGCAACGAACAAGGAACAGUGUAUCCGUAUCUUUUGCGGUUACGGGGUGGCAUGUUUCGUGACGAAUUCUUUCACGCGGCCGCAACGCUUUGUUUCGAGCUGCGGUUGCAGGCGAAGGACAAACCAUUACUUCCCUUGCCCGGUUCCGUACAGGGUUUCAUGGAUAAAACCACCUCCUACCAGCGGACCGCAUUGUUCCACAAUGUGGAGAAUGCUAUUCGAUAUUUUGAAUUGAAAGUUCGGAAGGAGAAGCAGGCUUGUAAAGCAUUCAUGCUUCUACAUAUGGUCUUCAACUCAGCUCAGAGCCAAAUGCCGUCCUCUAAUUCUGAACAUCUUUCAAGUAGCGGUACACAUCCGGAGAGCUUUGAUCUAAACGACGCCUGUCCACGAGCAGCCCGGCGAUGCCGAGAGCUGCUACUGGCUGAUGGAGGGCACUUAUGUCUACAAGAAGCUGAGGGAUGGCUAUCAUCGUCCGGACGGUUCCCUUCUAUGAAUCAAGAAGACCCUGACCAGCACCAAACCUCGUCCCGGACGAUGCGCACUCGGUCUAUGGUGACGACCGAAGAGGCCAGUCAGGACGCGCUCACGACGGAUUCCAUUCCUGAUCUUUUAGACGAGCUACCAUUUGGUUGGGAUAUAUUUCUAGAUCCGAUGACUACUAGUAUCUACCCCACGGGUGACGUUUGGCCGGUAGUCGACCCAUUACUUUAG